UUAUGGCAUAGUUUCUCUGUGGCUAUAAGACAUGAUAAAGAGAAGAUAAAGGACAAGAGAAUAUGUGAAUUCUGUCAGGAAUACAGUGAUGGUGACUCUAAUGGUUCUGGAAGGCUUCUGAACAUGGAUAUAGACAAAUGGGCUCAUCUAAACUGUGCCCUGUGGUCUCAGGAGGUGUAUGAGACACUGAAUGGUGCACUAAUGAAUGUACAACAGGCAUAUAAACGUAGCUCCAAACAGAAAUGUGUUGUUUGUAUCAAAACUGGAGCUUCCCUCGGUUGCUUUAAGCAAAGAUGUAACAAUAUCUAUCACGUAGCAUGUGCUCAGCUGGUGGGCUGCAUCUUCUUUGAAGACAAGACAAUUCUGUGUCCACCACACACCCCAAAAGGUGUUCAACUUGAGCAGGUACUCAAAUCUUUGAUUGUACAUCGUAGAGUUUACAUCAACAGAGAGGAAGAUGAGCAAGUUGCCAACAUGUUGCUGCAGGAAGAUGGCCAGCAUACAUUACGUCUUGGCUCUAUGGUUUUACACUCUAUCGGUCAAUUGCUACCUCACCAGAUGGCCAGCGGCAAGUACAAUUCCAGGGAUCAUAUUUAUCCUGUUGGGUACAAGGCCUCUAGAUAUUACUGGAGUAUGCGUCAACUGUAUAAACGUAGCAGGUAUAUCUGUAGUAUCCAAGACAACGAAGGUCAACCAGAGUUCAGCGUCAAGGUCGUAGAGGAUGGUCAUGAAGAUAUUGUCUUGAAGAAUCCGUCCUGUGCUGGUGUUUGGCGUAACAUAUUGGAGCCCCUGGAGAAGCUGAGACGGGAUUCAGAUCUUGUGAAAGUGUUCCCCACAUUUACAACAGGAGAGGAGCUGUAUGGAUUGACUGACCCAAAUAUUGUCAGAUUGGUGGAAUCUCUUCCAGGCACAGAUCUGUUGAGGGAAUAUGUGUUCAAGUUUGGUCGUCGCCAGUUGAUUGACCUACCUCUUACCAUUAAUCCAUCUGGCUGUGCAAGAUCCGAGCCAAAACUCCGAACACACUUUAAAAAACCACAUACUCUACAGUCAAGCCACACCCAUUCCCUGCCAUCUACUGUAACAAGCCUUACAGGAGACGUAAACUCCCCAUACAUGAAACAUUUCGUGCAUUCCAAAUCUCAACAAUACCGUAGACUGAAGACAGAAUGGAAGAAUCUUGUCUACCUUGGAAGAUCAAGAAUUCAGGGUCUAGGACUUUAUGCAGCUAAAGACCUGGAUAUGCACACAAUGGUAAUAGAGUAUAUAGGAGACCUGAUUAGGAAUGAAGUUGCCAACAGGAGGGAGAAGACUUAUGAAUCUCAGAAUCGUGGAGUUUACAUGUUCAGGAUAGACAAUGACACCGUUUGUGACGCUACAAUGGCCGGUGGGCCAGCACGUUACAUAAAUCACUCCUGUGACCCUAAUUGUGUUGCCGAGGUUGUUGAGAUAGAUAAAGAAGGCAAAAUUAUCAUCAUCACAAACAGGAGGAUCUCAAAAGGAGAGGAGCUGUCAUAUGACUACCAAUUUGACGUGGAAGACGACGCCAACAAGAUACCGUGUAAUUGUGGAGCCUGGAACUGCCGUAAAUGGAUGAAUUAAAAGGUUACACCCGUCAACUUGUGGCCAUAAUGUUUAGAUUCUGGUAGAUGUUAAUAUCUUAGACUUUGCUUAUUAUAUAAAAAAAAGAUUGAAUACAUGAGGUACAUGAAAAUUUACUCUAAUUAGAAGUUUGAGUUACUUAAGAAACAGAGUACGAAGGGUGGACGUUUUGAAGAAAAAAGUGUUAAAUUCCAAAUGCAUAAGUAAAAAAAAAAAUUCUGAAACUACGUAAAUUUUUGGAUUGUGACAAUAUGUUCAAGUUUUGUCUGUAAGAAUAAAGAUGUAAACAGGAAAGUGAAAAAAUGAUAUAUUUAUUGACUUGCAUUUUAUGUGGGGAAGGUUUUAAAGAAUUAGGAAUUUCUUCUGCAACAGAUUGAUUUGACUAUGUUUGCAUAAGUCUUAUGAAGUUAUAAUUUGUAAGGAGCAAUGUAAUUUUCAUAAAUAAACAUAAAAUAAUUAAUAUAUUUAGACAUUAAAUAUCAACUGACAUGUUUUGGACCUGUUUUGAUUAUUUGAAAAAGCUGUUAAUUUUUGUGUUGGGGUUUCGUGUCAUAUUUUUUGUUGUUUUGUUUUAUCUUUUGUUAGAGGUUAUUGUUCAAAAGAGUGACAUUUGUAAAUAGCACUACCUCAGAAAAAAAUAAGUAAUACAUGGCAUGGCAAUGCCAUUGUUAGUGGAGUUUGUGUCAGUGCAAAAACUGGUGUAUAUAAUUGUGACUUAUAAAUUAAAUGUAGUUGUUUUUCGUAUUAUAAUUCAACAGAAUUAUGUAUAGAUAGUAAUAUGUACAUACUGGUAUUAGUUUCUUAUCCUCAAUAUGUUUUCGAUAUUUCAUUUUGUGCAAAUUGUCACAGUGUAUAUAUUUAUAGAAUAUAACAAUAAUAUAAUAUGUACAUGUCAAGGUCUUUUAAACAUGUGCUGAACUAGCACUGAAGGUUUAAUGUAGAUUUUUUAUUGAGUCGUAGAUAUGUCCGUCCGAUACAAGAGGUAACUGUUCAACAAUUUUUAAGAGAUUUGAGAGCAUUUUUACUGCGGAAUAGUGAUAUUGUUGAUAUAAAAAAUUGCAGGAAGAGGGGGCUUGGACUUACAGGUCAAGUUUAUCCUAUAUUCAAGGUCAUUCAAAUGUCAAGGUCACUGAAAGGUCAAGGUCUAAGCAUUGCAUUGGUGUAUCUUCCAGUUGACCUGUUAUGUAAAGUUGCCUAUUGAUAUGACUAGCAUUAUGUGAAUUAACAAUUUGUAUGUGAAGGUAUUUACUCCUGGGAAAAAGGAUGUAAAAUAAAAUUGACCUUAUUACUUUAGCCAUUCUGAAAAUUUAUUUUUUUUCUUUUAAGAGUUUUUUGUUUUUUUUUUUUUUUUUGUGAUUGUCUUAUUUUGAUUUUUGUGCAUCGUAAUACUCUGGUUUUAUUAUGUGUUUAUUUAUUUGCCAGAUUGAGUGCUAUUGUAUUUGGGAAGUGAAGGAAGACUGAUAUUUUUUUGUGCUGGUGAUUUUGAUUUUUUUUCUGCUUCGUAAUUUGCUUUAUGUUUUCACUUUUAUAGAAUAGAAUAUUGAAAUGAGAAAAUUAACUGUGUCAUAAUAAUUGUUUAUAAAUAUUUAUGCAAAUGACCACACUUAAAAUGAUACAGUAAACAUUUUAAGGAGUAUUAUUUAAUGAGCAUUAUAACACAUAGAGCAAUAAUUUGAACAAUUGUGCAUAAAAUGGCCAACAUUUUCCCUAUUUGAAUUCAUAAUCAUAAAAUGUAUGUACAUAUUUGGCUGUUGUUUGUGUGCUGAUUAGUCGGUUAAAAUUGAUAUAAUGCUGUAUAACUAUUAGCAAUAAAACUCAUUUUUCCAUGCAUACAUCUUUGUUAAAAAAAUCAACAUGAAUUUUUGACUGCAAUUUCAUUUGUUUUACUUACAAAAUGCGCUUAAAAUAAUAUCCUACAAUGAUCAUACUUGAGAUAAAAAAAUAUUCCUUUUUGAAUUAUUGAAUAUAAAUAAUUUCGAAAAAAGUUGAAUCCAAUUCUGAUUUUAUCGUUCCCAAGCAAAUUUGAUUUUGAAAAUAAGGUAAAUUUUUCAUCUUUUAUUAUUCCUACAUUUGUAUUUUGUUAUUCUUCAUCUUCCCAAAUCCAUGCAGGUAAUUAGUGCAGAAUCUUUGUGUUCAUUUAUUUAAUUUGGUUUCUUUGCUAUGAUUUGAAGAUACUGGUAAAGUUCAUAUCUUGUAGAUGUAUUUUGUUGGUAAUACAAUUAGAUUGUAACAUUGCAAGAGUAGGUAGUUUUUCAUCUUUCAUUAUCAUGUUUGUAUAUAUUGCCAUGUAUAAGUUAUUUAAACUUGCAAUUAUUCCAUGGAAUUUGAUCUCCUAUCUCUGAACGAGGCAGCAGGAAGGAUUUAGAACAAGGGAAAUUACUGUGUUUGUCAAAGUCUUAAAAUACUAGAGUUGUGUACCUUUAUGAUCAAGGAAAGUAAUUUAUGUAGUUUAGAAUAUAGGUUUAGGGAGGUGAAUUUGUAUAUUUUGGUUUGUUUUGAUAAUUUUUUUGUUUCUGUUUUGUUUUUGUAAUACUAUGUAAUAAUAAAUAUGGUUUGAAAAGUGUUAAUAUUGUGAGUGGAAUAAUAAGCCAAUGGUUUAGGGGUGUUUGUGCAGAAAAGAUAUUAAAAAAGAGCGUGUAAAAUGUAUUGUUUUAUAAAACACAGGGUUGGGGCCUUCAUAUAAGGACAAUCUUUCUAUUUAUCAGCUACAAUUCAGUUUGAGGAAUAGAAUGUUUUUUGAAUGAAAUAUUCAAUACUUAUUUCAUCUAGUUAGGUAGUUCUUACAGCUUUAGAAAGUUAUUUCUGAAUUAAUUAAUACAUGUAUAAUACAGGUUUAUAAACUUAAUUUUUAAAUUUCUUUUGGCGAUAUCUAGAAUUACGUCUUUGCAAGUUAGUUGAAUAUAUGGUUUAAGAAUUUAGAUUUUUUCUUAUAUGCAAAAUCUGUAUUGGGUUAGUUGGGAUCCAGUUUUGAACUGACAAAUGGAAUUCUGUGAAUUCCAAAUUUUAUAUUGUAACAGAUAGACUUGAUAUGUUUAUUAUAUUACAAUAAAAUUCCACUUCUUAAUAAUUAGUUGUCUUACCAGUUCUUUUUAUGUUUUAAAUCCAAGUUUUGUUGUUUGUAUGUGAAAGUCUCUGAUUUUAGUUCAGUAUUCUCGUGUCCAGCUUAGGUUCUAGGUUUGUGUAUGUAUAUACAAUAUAUACUAUAUAUAUAGGGACAAUUUUGACAAAUGUGCUAUACCCUACAGUGCAACAUUCUUCAUACAUUUGUAAAUAUAUCAUGUCUCACAUGAGUUAUAUCGGCUUGCCUCAAAGUCGAUCAUUUUUUCUUUACCUAACUUUGAUAUUCUGUUUCCGUGUUUGUUAAUAUAUAUAUAUAUAUAAUUAUACAUGUUUAUCAACAUUAUUGAAAGUGACUAAUAACAUAGUAACUAAACAUAUAGACUGAUUUAACCAUGUGUUUAUAUUAACACUAACUGACAAAUCUAUUCUAGUCAACUAUUUUAUGUUAAAAACCACUAGAAUAUAUAAUUAUACUUGUUAAUUUUACUUUCAUACAGAAAUAAAUAAUGGAUAAAAUUUUAAUGAACUUAAAUUGAUACUAGAAUCAAAUUUGCUUUUUUUAUAAGAGAAUUUUGACAUUUUUACUUGGAAGUAGAAAAAUGAUACAAAAAAUAGAUAUCUUUUAUUAAAUUUUGUUUCUAUAAAUAGACCACUUGUUCUAAAAAAUAGACACAAUUAUGUCUAAUAAUAGAUUUAUGAAUAAUUUUAGAGAUAUUAAAGAUAGUGUAAAAUGUUCUUUAUUUUGUUAAGAUAAUAUAAAACUGAGCUAUGUAUUUUGAUAAUUUUUAGUCACAUAAAAUAUUAAGCUCAAGAACGAGCUUUGUUAAGCUCUAUUGCACUGUUAGAUGUACAUAAAACUGCACAUUAUUGAAAAAGGGAGACUAUUAGAAUACUUGUUCCUACAUGUAGCUCUUAGUGUAAUGUAUAUAUUUGAUAUAUUGUUGUUACCAUUUUCACUUACAUUACGUACCAGUGAUUAUGUUUGUUUUGUACAUGAUUUAACAAUUUAUUAUGUAGUGUUUUUGUACCAUUUCUUAAAGAGAUUUUAUAUCCUAUGUUUUGAAUUGCAAAGUCUGGUACAGUUGAUAAAUACAUUUAUAGAAAUAUA